AUGGCUUAUGACCUUCAAGACAUCCGCGACCGGGGCGAUGCUAUUCUGGUACCCAUGAACGAAGUUAUGUCUUGCCACUGGGGGCCAGACCAGCAAUUCCUCGCCACGGAAGGACUGAAUGGCUGCACGGCGAUCGCGAUACUCUCCAAAUUCGCGGGUGUGCUUGCUCACGUUGCCCCGAUGACCGAAGUAACGACGGGCGAUCAGAACACCCGAGAGCUGUUGCAGCGAGUCAUCCAAGCGUACAAUACUGGACGACAGCACAACGUCUUUCCACCUGCCACGAGUGUCGUCCUUGCCGCGGUGUAUCAAGGCAAUGUUGCCCUUCCGGACGCUGUGGACCUGAUCAAACGAGUGUUGAACAGGCUUGAGAUUCCCAUUAUGUACAAAGAAUACCGCGUGCGGGAACGGCGACAGUUGCGCAUUCCCAUGUCUUUUGGCAUCUUCCAAGACGCCUACAACCACCAAGCCUCGCUCUCCGGCUCCCGACGAGCGACGGGUGUCAUUGGCACUACGCUCAACGGCGUCAUGUACCUCUCGCUUCCCAUCCUGUCGACCGUGCUUGACAAUCCGCGCUGGGCGAAAUGGAGACGAACGACAGCGUUGGUGGGGAUAGCUAUCGAGAGCGCGGCUUUCCUUGCCUCGUCCUGGGCUACUGAGGUCUGGCAUUUGAUUGUGCUGCAGGGCGUCAUUGCGGCGCUGGGCAGCGCGAUGCUGUUCAGUCCUACGACGCUGUUCGUUGACGAGUGGUUCCGCGGCGGGAACCGAACGACGGCGUACGGCGUCACUCUGUCGAGCAAGAACGUCGUGGGCACAUCAUGCCCGCUCAUCUUCUACGCCUUACUGCAGAAACUGGGCUUCCGCUGGACGCUGCGCAUCUGGGCGGCGAUCGUGCUCGUCACCGGCCUCUUCGGCAUCUGCAUUCUCCCCAGGACAGUCACGACCAAGGUGGAUCGGGCUCCGAGGAAGAUCCCCUGGACGUUCCUGAAGCACCGCACUUUCUACAUCUACGCCAUCGGCAAUAUCGUCUUUUCCAGUGGGUACGGGCUCCCGCAGACCUACCUGCCGCAGUAUGCCAGCAACGAACUGCACCUCUCGCGCAUCAUCAGCGCGGUGAUGAUUGUGUGCUUCAACGUGCCGGGCAUCUUAUCUUGCGUGGGAAUGGGAAUUCUCAGCGAUCGGUAUAAGCUGGCGCCGUCUACUGCCACGCAGAUCUCCACCAUGGGCUCGGCGGUGUGUGCUUUCCUGCUCUGGGGCCUGCGCUCGCACCGCGUUGAGGCACUCCUCAUCUUGUUCUCAGUCGGCUACGGCUUCUUUGCGUCUGCCUUUUCCACGACAUGGGGCGGCUGGUUGAACGAGAUGGAGCGCGAGGCGGCGGACAAGGGCGAGGCCAUCAACACGGGGAUGGUGUACGGGCUGAUGAACGGGGCGAGGGGCAUUGGGUAUGUAGCGGGCGGGCUGGCAGGAGUGGAAUUACUGCAAGCCGGCGCAGUAGGGUCGUCGCGGCGAUGGGCGUAUGGGACGCAGUACGGAGCGUUGAUUCUGUUUACGGGCGUUUCGGCGGUGUUUGGUGGUUGGGCGAGUGUGUGGAAGACGUGCAGUAGUGUGAAGCGAUGGCGGAGUGCCUGCAUGUAG